CAACUUAAGGAAGAGAAGAGAUAGAUACAAAAUGGAGUCAUCAUUAAUGUUCUUACUAGUUCUGAUGAUCACAAUUACUAUGUUUGCCGCAGAAAGCCACAAAUUACCAGCUCUGUGCCCGCUGCCGAGCACAGAACCCGUCUGCACUACGGGUACCGAGAUCGAGCACUGGCAGCAGCACGAGGUGUUGCUGAAACAAAUAAACGACGCAGGCUGCUGCAUAGUCAGCUACUAUGGCGGCUUUCCCAUCUACUCGUACUCGUACUGUCGAGACGACAAUCCCAAGGCGGGAUGCAAGGUAUGUUUGGAGGAAGCUGCUGGGAUUGUAGUGCAGAACUGCAACAACACGCACGGAGCUCGAUACACGAGGCCCUCGGGGAGUUGCUGUAUUAGGUACGAGAACUACCAGUUCUGCUCACCGUGAUUUUCAGCAAAUUCCAUAUCAGAGUUAUGAAUGGAUCGAUCAAUCGAUGUUUGAAUUCCAGAUGUUGAGUUGUGUAACUUGGCAGUAGAUCGAUAAGUAUACUGUUACAUCGAAAAAGAAUUUGCCGCCGGGCCGCCGGCAUGGGUAUUGUAAUAUAAUGUUGUUCUUUGU